AUGUCUUCGCCAAGAGCACCACCAAGCGGCGUAUGGGCGCCUGCUAUCACAUUCUUCAACCACGACACAGAUGAGCUUGAUACCGAGUCGCAAGCAGCGUAUUACUCGUAUCUCUCCAAGACAGGUCUAGCAGGCCUCGUCGUGCUUGGUACCAAUGCAGAGACAUUCUUGUUGACGCGUGAAGAGCGAAAGGCAUUAUUGCAAACAGCUCGCAGAGCAUGUGGACCGGACUUCCCCAUCAUGGCCGGUGUCGGUGGUCACUCAAACAAACAAGUCCUCGAGUUCAUUGGCGAUGCAGCUGAUGCUGGGGCCAACUAUGUCUUGCUCCUCCCACCUGCUUACUUCGGCAAGCAGACGACACCUGAGGUCAUCAACAACUUCUUCGAUGAUGUUGCUGCGAGAAGUCCCCUUCCAAUCGUUAUCUACAACUUUCCUGUUGUCUGCAACGGUAUCGACUUAGACUCUGCCACUAUCGCUGCUUUAGCAAAGAAGCACAACAAUAUCGUUGGCGUCAAGCUCACUUGUGGAGCCGUGGCCAAGAUCACAAGACUCGCGGCUGAGCUUCCUGAGGAGCGCUUCGCGAUCUACGGUGGUCAGUCUGACUUCUUGAUAGGAGGUUUGGCAGCUGGAUCUCAUGGUACCAUCGCCGGUUUCGCCAACGUGGUCCCCAAGACCAUCGUACACAUCUAUAACCUCUAUCAAGAGGGCAAGUUUCAAGAAGCUAUGGCUCUACACAAGAAGGCUGCGCUAGCUGAGCAACCCUGCAAGGCGGGUAUUGCAUCAGUCAAGUACGCCGCCACGCUAAGCACAGCCAAGGCGGCAGGCAUUAAGGGUGCCGCAGAUAAGCUCAAGCCAAGAAGGCCAUACUUGGAGCCCACCGACGCAGCCAAGAAGAGUAUUGAAUCCCAAAUCUCUGAGAUGCUGAGCUUUGAGGCUACUCUCAAGCCGGCUGUGGAAAAUGGCCACACGAACGGGAUUGCGAAGGAUGUGAAGAAUGGGAUCAUCAAUGGAGUCCAGAACGGUGUGGAGGUACACUAG